AUGGAAAGCAGAAUGUACGGUCUCACCACCAGAGAUGUGAGAUCGAUCGCUUAUCAGCUCGCAGAGAAAAAUAAUAUGUAUUGUCCAUCCGUUUUCCAAGACAUUGAUUUCGUAGCUGCUGAAGUGACCGAGCAAAACAUACCUCAGCAUGAUGGUGUGCACGAGGAAAAUGGUGACGGCCACGAACAAAUCGAAGAAGUCAUAGAUGAAAAUAAUGGGGCCCAUGAAGAAAAUGAUGAGGUCAAUGAAAAAAGUAUUGAAAAUAACGAGCAAAAUGACGCUUUACCAACAAUAAUUGUUCCGCAAUCCUACUUAGCUUUGGUUGAUGAACCUUUGACAUCAAAAAGUGGUUUUAAUAUCCUUCCAAGUGAUGUUCAUCCACUCCCUAAAAUGGCACAAGAAAAACGUAGCUCAAAAUCAAGGAAGUCUGGAGGAACAGUAGUUCUGAUAAGUAGACCGUAUAAAAAACAAUUGUUAGAAGAACAACAGAAGAAGGAAAAGCAGGUCGAAAAAAACAAUUUAAAGACCAAUAAUAAAUUAGCAGAAAAAAAGGACAAGAAUUACAAAGAGUCUUCAGAGGAAUCCGAAGAAGAAGAAGAUACAGAAUGUCUUAUUUGUACGGAAACAUUUCUACAGUCUAAUUUAGAAGAAGGAUGGGUGCAGUGCUCAAUGUGCUAUCGUUGCGCGCAUGAUGAGGGUGCGGGACUUGACGAUGAUGACUGCGAUCAAUAUUGCUGUGACUAUUGUAUUGAUAAUGCAAAGCUCGCUGACACCGCCCGUUCGUCGAUUCAGCCUCGAAUCGCUGCCGGAGCGGCAGUGGGCGUAGCCAGUGGCGGAAAGGGCGGUACCCGAGCCGCUCAUUCUCGGAUAGAAGUGCAUGGCGGGUGGCAAGCGACCGCCUGCAGCGCCACCUAUGACCACCGCAUUGUGAGCGUGGUCAACGCGCGAAGGCGGGGCUUAUCUAUGACGCCAUUCAUACGAUCGGUACGCGGGCGACGAGAAUGGUGGACUCUUGUUAGCUGA